AUGGACACCCAAACCCAACUCGCUCAAGGCCUGCGCUUCUACCAGAUGCCAGAAGUCCAUUACGACGUCAUUGAAGAAGGCCCAGCAUCCACCGUCGCUCGGACGUGGAUACCAGCCUCGGGUGACCCCCCUGAGCACGCUCGAUGGAUAGUGGUCAAGUCUGCAACAACGCAGAGGAAGUUUGCUAGGGAACCGCAUGACAUCGUAAAGGAAUUACAGGUGCUUAGCUUAGUGACUCAUGAAAAUAUCAUCGAUGUUUUAGGAAGCUAUCAUGACCGCGUAGAUCUGGGCGCGUUGAACAUCUACAUGCCAUACAUACCCAUCUCUCUCUCAGAGCUCUUGGCUUCCCCAUGGUUCUCCCCACACCCACCUCCACAGAACAAUCACACCUCUUCCAGAGGAGGGGCGGUAGGGGAACCCGCCCGCUUCACGCUCCUCGCCAAAUCGAUAGCCUAUCAAGUUUUAAACGCGUUAGCGUAUCUCCACCACCCAUCUCGAAGGAUCGCACAUCGGGAUAUAAAGCCAGACAAUAUCUUGCUCACCAAAGAAGGAUGUGUCAAGCUCAUCGAUUUUGGCGUUGCGUACCAACCCCCAUCAUCCGCCUCCCCUCCGACUCUGUUCCCAGAAAAAGAAGGUCAUCUGUAUUUCGAAGUGUCCACUAGAGGCUACAGACCCCCCGAACUCCUCUUUUCAUCCCGCUCAUACGAUCCUCAAGCACUAGAUCUAUGGAGCUUCGGAGCGACCUUCGCAGAGUUCUUCACGCCCCUCCGAUUAAUCAGUGACGAUUUGUCUUCCGGCUCUUCGUCUAAUUGUUCCUCCCACUCGUGCGACGACGAAGACACGAGGAGAGGCCAGAGAACGUCGUCUGCGGACUCUCGGAGGACCUCUGAAACCACCACCCCAACAACAAGCAGCCGCGACGUACCCAAGCAGAUUAAACCUUUCCUGAUACCUAAAUACCUCCGCGUAGGAUACCCAGGCGCGCAAUGGACGAGGGAAACACUGUUUAAUGGAGAUCGGGGAGAGAUUGGGCUUGCGUGGAGCAUUUUUAAGGUGUUUGGGACGCCUACUGCGGAGAGUUGGCCAGAAUUCGAAGAUUUGCCAGGCUCUAAAUCCGUCGUUUUCAACGAUGUGCCGGCCGUUUCGUUAGCGACGCUGUUGCCCAAUCUACCCCCUCGUCCGGUUUUAUCCAGCACAUCCCCUCAAUAUCUGGCACCACCUGCUCCUUUGGCUUCUUCACCCACACGUACACUCUCCCCCGCCACCUCUUCGUCUUCAUCCACCUUCCCUCAGACAUGUUUGACCGGUGCCUCGUCCCAGUCUGUUGCGUCCUCGUCCUCCCCACCUUCUCCGUCCGCAUCUCAACCCCUAGACCUCCUCUCCCGUUUCCUCGUCUACCCCUCUUCCAAGCGGCUCAAGGCCGCUGAUGCACUGCUUCACCCGUGGUUUGUGUCAGGUCUGGAUGAGGUGGGGCUAGUGUUGCCGGUGGGCUAUCGGCCGUCGGAACGGGAAGUGGAGUGCUCGCAAGAUGUAUCACCGAACGACUACAUCGGGAACGGCCCACCACUACCUCAAAUCAAGUUCUCGUAUGAGUGGGGAGGGAAGUCAUUGGGGGACUGCUUGAGUGAGGUGUUGACCAGCGCUCCGGGAUCAUGA